GAUACAAAAAUACAUGUGAUAAGAUGUAUGGGAGAUGUUCAUAAUAUCGUGUCUCAAAGUUGUACAUUAUAUUUUCAAAGAUUUCGUCGUCAGACACAUGUUACUCCUAAAUCAUUUCUUGGUUUUGUUGCUCGCUACAAAGAUCUUUAUACAAAAAGAUUAACUACAAUUCAAGAAAUGGCUAACCAAAUGUCAAUUGGACUUUCUAAACUUGAUGAAGCAACUCUUUCGGUAGACAUUUUAACAAAAGAAUUGGUAGUAAAGGAAAAAGAUCUAAAUCUUGCUAAUAUUAAAGCUGACAAGGUUUUAGCUGAAGUGACAGAAAGUACCAGAGCAGCUGAAGAGGUGAAGGCUGGAGUUUUAGUAGUGAAAAAUCGGGCAGAAUUAAUUGUUAAAGAAAUAGGAAAUGAAAAAGAAAUUGCAGAAGUUAAAUUGGAAGAAGCCCGACCAGCACUUGAAGAAGCAGAAGCUGCAUUGGGGUUUCCAAAGGACACUAUCAAUGAAGAGAUAAUUGACUUGCUUAGUCCAUACUUGGCCAUGGAGGAUUUCACACAUGAAAACGCAAAAAAGGUUUGUGGAGACGUUGCGGGAUUAGCUUCAUGGAUAAGAGCCAUGUGUUCAUUUUUUGCCGUAAAUAAAGAAGUCCUACCGUUAAAGGCUAAUUUAGCCAUUCAAGAAGCUAGGUUAGAUAUGGCGACCAAUGAAUUAAAUGAGGCUCAAGCUCAGCUUGAUGAAAAAGAGGCAGUUCUUGCCAAAGUACAGGCUCAGUAUGAUGCAGCUCAAAACGAAAAACAGCGAUUACUUGAUGAUGCAUUAUCCUGCAAAAAAAAAAUGGAAAUUGCUUCGGUAUUGAUCAGCCGCUUAGGAGGAGAACACAUCAGAUGGACUAAUCAAAGCAAAGAGUUUGCUGCAGAAAUUGAAAGGUUAAUGAAUAUUAAAAUUCACUUUUAUUUCAAUUAG